GAUCAGUAAAUACACACACGCGUGAACGCCGGAUGUGCUCUCGCCGCGCGCACCGGGACUUCCCCGUCGUCCAGCCCGCACCACCGCCGUCAACAUUUCCAUACUACGUCGCGCGCGGACCGGAGGCCCGGGAGCGGCGGCCUCAAGAUGCGGACGCCCGGCGCGGACGCAGGAUGAACCCUUGCUCCCGUUUGAUGACUGGGAGCCGUGCCAGCCUGGCUGACGUUGGGCGCUCGAGUCCUGGACGCCACGGGCACUCCAAGCGGCGGUGCCUGGACGUGCCGCUGGCCCUGCGCCAGGAAGACGUCGACGAGGAGCCCGAGUAUGGCGACGCAGGGGUAGGCGACGGCGUGCUCCGAGGCGGGGUGUCGGGGGCAGCAACCUGCGGGUCGCACCAUGGCGACGCAGACAGGGCUCAGGCCCGGAGAGCGUCGCCGACGACGGCCGGCGACCCCCGGUGGACCCCGUGCUGGUCAGACUCCAGGUCGAACGGCGACGAGGAGUGGUGGACUGGCGACGCGUCGGCGGCGUGUUCGGCUGUCCAGUCUACCCCGUCGUCGGCGCCCAGGACUAUCCGGGCGGUAAAAAGACCCAGGAUAUGCAGUGCGGGCAGCGUCCCCGUCGAGGGCGACCAGCACAAGCACGGUGAACAAGGCCAGCACGGUCAGGAUGGCGGCUACGGCUCGGAGUACUCGGACGGCGCCGCAGCCCCGGCCGGUGAUCAGAGACGCCAGCAGGGCUGGUCGCAGCUGCCGGCCGAGCUGCUGGUGGACGUCUUCCAGCGGCUGCGCCUGCGCGACCUGGGCCGGGUGGCGCAGGUGUGCCGGUCGUGGAGGCGCGCCUCGCAGGAGCCGUGCCUCUGGAGGACGGCCGAGUUCACCCUCGGGAGCUCCCUCAGGCCGGAGCCGACGCCGCCCGCGCUCGUCAACUUCAUCCUGGAGGAGCACGCGCAGCACCUGCGCUUCGUGGUGCUGCGCACGGACAGCUCGGCCGAGUCGACGCGGGGCGCGUGUCGCAUCCUGGCGCGCCUCGUCAAGUGCUCGCUCAAGACGCUGGCGCUCAUGUCGGGCGCGGCCCGGCCGCCGCUGCUCGACGUGGACGAGCAGCACUUCGUGUCGGCGCUCACGCUCGUGCUCGACCACUCGUCGCCCUCGCUGCGCGCCCUCGCCGUCGACCACACCCUGGUGGACGACCCCUCGCUCCAGGCGCUCGGCUCCAGCUCCGCGACCUCGCUGCAGUUGCUGCGCUGCAAGAGCUGCCCGCGGCUCUCCCCUGGAGGGGUGCUGGCGCUCGUGGACCAUUGCCGCUGCCUCCGCGAGCUGUCCCUAAGCUACACGCUGCUCAGCGACGACCUGCUCAACGCACUGUCCUCGGAGCGGCACGUCUGCCUCGAGGUCCUGCGCGUGGACGUGUACUCCGACACGGACAACGCGCUGCGGCCCAUCUCACCCGCGUCCUGGCGCGCCCUGGUGGCGCACUCGCCGCAGCUCAACCUCGUCAUGUACCUGUUCGCCAUCCAGGACGAGCACUUCGACAGCCUCUUCACCUCGUACAUCCCCGUCACGCACCUCUACUUCGGCGACUACGUGCCCACGUCCGUGCUGAGUGAGUACCGUCAAAAACAGUUCCAAUUUUCAAGUGAAAAAAAAAAUAUCAGUGAAAAAGAAGGUUAAAUUU